AUGGCGUCCACCGCCGUCAAGCUCAUCGGCAAGUUCCUCCGCUCCCUUUCCCACCGCGCCGUCCUGUAUCGUCCCUCUCUAACCCGGACUGACCCUCUGCCUUCACCUUGCCCUCCACCGACCUUCCUCCCCGUCUCCGGCCGCGGCGACCCCCGCACCAGACAUCGCAGUCAACUUCACUGUGCUUGCCUCACAACUGGUUGGCUGACUCUUGUGCCUCUCUCUUUUUCCCCCGCGUGGCAUGCGCCGUACUGCCGUGAAGAUGGCAUGUUCAAGGGCAUCUACCACGGCAAGCAGUGCCAUGCCGCUGACAUCCCGGCCGUACUUGCGCGCGCGUGGGCUGCCGGCGUCGACCGCAUCAUUGUCACCGGAGGCUCCCUGAAAGAGUCCAGGGAGGCGUUGGAGAUCGCCGAGACCGACGGGAGGCUGUUCUGCACUGUGGGCGUGCACCCGACGAGAUGCGGGGAGUUCGAGGAGAGUGGAGACCCCGAGGGUCAUUUUCAAGCACUGCUGGCUCUAGCGAAGGAGGGUAUAGAGAAAGGCAAGGUCGUUGCCGUUGGUGAAUGUGGUUUGGAUUAUGACAGACUUCACUUCUGUCCAGCAGAUGUGCAAAAGAAGUACUUUGAGAAACAAUUUGAGUUGGCUGAAGCAGUAAAACUGCCAAUGUUUCUUCACAUGCGUGCUGCUGGUGAAGACUUCUGUGAAAUCAUGACACGAAAUUUGCACAGAUUCCCUCGUGGGGUUACACAUUCCUUCACUGACUCAGCGGAAGAUCGGGACAGGCUACUUUCUUUUGAGAAGAUGUCUAUAGGUGUUAAUGGCUGCUCUCUGAAAACUAACGAAAAUCUUGAGGUUCUACGAGGCAUUCCUGUUGAGAGGUUGAUGAUAGAAACAGAUUCUCCAUAUUGUGACAUAAGAAAUACUCAUGCUGGAAGCCAGUAUGUAAAAUCUGUCUGGCCAUCCAAGAAGAAAGAAAAGUACGAGCCAGAUUCAACAGUAAAAGGUCGCAAUGAGCCUUGUUUAGUCAGGCAAGUUCUUGAGGUAGUGGCUGGAUGCAAAGGAAUUUCUGACAUAGAAGGCCUGAGUAGAACUCUGUACCACAACACAUGCAGGCUCUUCUUUCCUCAGGAUAUUGAUGCAUCUGCGAAUGCACAGCUUGAGAGUGGUACUACCGUCCAGGAUAGCUGA